UUCUUUUCUGCAUGAUUCAGUUGAGGCCACAAAGCCAAACAAGCACUAUGUCCCGAGUGCUGGUGGUGGUUUUGGUAGCAGCGACGCUCAUCCCUUUCGAGGGUGUGGCAGCGAAAGAGAAGUCAGAUCUAAGCGACCACCAAGACACUGGUUUGAAGGGCCGCACAAAGUUCUUGGAUGCAGUUGGUAGAUUGAGUCAUAAGGACUUGUCAGCUGUAAAAAGCGAUGCAAAGGCGGGCCUUGAAAAGCUUAACACAGGCCAAAGCUGGGCGCCGGAAUUGACAUCCAUUCAAAUAGGAGGCCCCGACGAGGAAAAUGAUGCUCGCUCUGAGAAAGAGGAAUUGAAUAAAAAUUCAAUAGAUUCUGAGCAAGAUUCUGCAGGGAAUGAUAACGAUAAGAAAGCUAUGUCUGACAAGACCGAUAAAGACUCUUUGCUACGGAGCAAAGAGCGGAAAGGUGCUGAUUACGAAAACUCGCUUUAUUCUUAUCUGGCACCACAAGAACAAGGAAACGUUGGCAAUGCUUUAUCUGAUGGCACGUUGCAAGUAAUUCAAAGCCAAAAGACAGAACAAGAUGCUGGUAUUGAUUCGCUUAGUUCGGGAGACGCUUUGAGUAUGACCUCAAAUGAAAGAUUAUUGAAAGAAAAAAAGAACCUGUUUGGGACUAGCUUUGACGGGAAAGAUGAUCAGAGUUAUAAGGAAAAUAUCCCAAGACUCAAAAGACAAGCGAUAUUAUUCUGCGGAUCAAGACCAUUCAACCCCGUCAGUCAUAUUUGCUGUUCUGGACGAGUUGUCACACGUCGUCAUGGCAGAUUUACAUCUUGUUGCCGCUACACAGCGUACAACCGUCUGACCCAGAUCUGCUGCUACCAAAACAUCCUCCCAAGACGAUAUGGGGUCCACACUUCCUGCUGUGUACGCAGGACAUAUGACAACAGAAGGUACAUUUGCUGUUCUGGACGAGUUGUACCACGUCGUUUUGGUAGGAAUACAUCUUGUUGCCGCUACACACCGUACAACCGACUGACCCAGAUCUGCUGCUACCCAAAUAUCCUCCCAAGACGAUAUGGCGUUUACACUUCGUGCUGUGGACGCCAGACAUAUGACAACAGGAGGUACAUUUGCUGUUCUGGACGAGUUGUCUUACGUCGAUAUGGCAAGAAUACAUCUUGUUGCCGCUACACACCAUACAACCCACUGACCAAGAUCUGCUGCUACCCAACUGUCCUCCCAAGACGGUAUGGCGUUUACACUUCGUGCUGUGGACGCCAGACAUAUGACAACAGGAGGUACAUUUGCUGUUCUGGACGAGUUGUUUUACGUCGAUAUGGCAAGAAUACAUCUUGUUGCCGCUACACACCAUACAACCCACUGACCAAGAUCUGCUGCUACCCAAAUAUCCUCGCAAGACGAUAUGGUGUUUACACUUCGUGCUGUGGACGCCAGACAUAUGACAACAGAAGGUACAUUUGCUGUUCUGGACGAGUUGUCCCACGUCGUUUUGGCAGGAAUACUUCUUGUUGCCGCUACACACCCUACAACCGACUGAAGCAGAUCUGCUGCUACCCAAAUAUCCUCCCAAGGCUAUAUGGGGUCCACACUUCGUGCUGUGUACGCAGGACAUAUGACAACAGAAAGUACAUUUGCUGUUCUGGACGAGUUGUCCCACGUCGUUUUGGUAGGAAUACUUCAUGUUGCCGCUACACACCCUACAACCGACUGAAGCAGAUCUGCUGCUACCCAAAUAUCCUCCCAAGACGAUAUGGCGUUUACACCUCGUGCUGUGGACGCCAGACAUAUGACAACAGGAGGUACAUUUGCUGUUCUGGACGAGUUGUCCCACGUCGCUUUGGAAGGAAUACUUCAUGUUGCCGCUAUACACCGUACAAUCGACUGACCCAAACCUGCUGCUACCCAAAUAUUCUCCCAAGACGAUAUGGGGUCUACACUUCAUGCUGUGUACGCCAGACAUACGACAACAGAAAGUUUAUUUGCUGUUCUGGACGAGUUGUCCCACGUCGUUUUGGAAGGAAUACUUCUUGUUGCCGUUACACACCCUACAACCGACUAAAGCAGAUCUGCUGCUACCCAACUGUCCUCCCAAGACGGUAUGGCGUUUACACUUCGUGCUGUGGACGCCAGACAUAUGACAACAGGAGGUACAUUUGCUGUUCUGGACGAGUUGUUUUACGUCGAUAUGGCAAGAAUACAUCUUGUUGCCGCUACACACCAUACAACCCACUAACCAAGAUCUGCUGCUACCCAAAUAUCCUCCCAAGACGAUAUGGCGUUUACACUUUGUGCUGUGGACGCCAGACAUAUGACAACAGGAGGUACAUUUGCUGUUCUGGACGAGUUGUUUUACGUCGAUAUGGCAAGAAUACAUCUUGUUGCCGCUACACACCAUACAACCCACUGACCAAGAUCUGCUGCUACCCAAAUAUCCUCCCAAGACGAUAUGGCGUUUACACUUCCUGCUGUGGACGCCAGACAUAUGACAACAGGAGGUACAUUUGCUGUUCUGGUCGAGUUGUUUUACGUCGAUAUGGCAAGAAUACAUCUUGUUGCCGCUAUACACCGUACAAUCGACUGACCCAAACCUGCUGCUACCCAAAUAUUCUCCCAAGACGAUAUGGGGUCUACACUUCAUGCUGUGUACGCCAGACAUACGACAACAGAAAGUUUAUUUGCUGUUCUGGACGAGUUGUCCCACGUCGUUUUGGAAGGAAUACUUCUUGUUGCCGUUACACACCCUACAACCGACUAAAGCAGAUCUGCUGCUACCCAACUGUCCUCCCAAGACGGUAUGGCGUUUACACUUCGUGCUGUGGACGCCAGACAUAUGACAACAGGAGGUACAUUUGCUGUUCUGGACGAGUUGUUUUACGUCGAUAUGGCAAGAAUACAUCUUGUUGCCGCUACACACCAUACAACCCACUGACCAAGAUCUGCUGCUACCCAAAUAUCCUCCCAAGACGAUAUGGCGUUUACACUUUCUGCUGUGGACGUCAGACAUAUGACAACAGGAGGUACAUUUGCUGUUCUGGUCGAGUUGUUUUACGUCGAUAUGGCAAGAAUACAUCUUGUUGCCGCUACACACCAUACAACCCACUGACCAAGAUCUGCUGCUACCCAAAUAUCCUCCCGAGACGAUAUGGCGUUUACACUUCGUGCUGUGGACGCCAGACAUAUGACAACAGAAAGUACAUUUGCUGUUCUGGACGAGUUGUACCACGUCGGUUUGGUAGGAAUACAUCUUGUUGCCGCUACACACCAUACAACAGACUGGCCAAGAUCUGCUGCUUCCCAAAUAUCCUCCCAAGACGAUAUGGCGUUUACACUUCGUGCUGUGGACGCCAGACAUAUGACAACAGAAAGUACAUUUGCUGUUCUGGACGAGUUGUCCCACGUCGUUUUGGUAGGAAUACUUCAUGUUGCCGCUACACACCCUACAACCGACUGAAGCAGAUCUGCUGCUACCCAAAUAUCCUCCCAAGACGAUAUGGCGUUUACACCUCGUGCUGUGGACGCCAGUCAUAUGACAACAGGAGGUACAUUUGCUGUUCUGGACGAGUUGUCCCACGUCGCUUUGGAAGGAAUACUUCAUGUUGCCGCUAUACACCGUACAAUCGACUGACCCAAACCUGCUGCUACCCAAAUAUUCUCCCAAGACGAUAUGGGGUCUACACUUCAUGCUGUGUACGCCAGACAUACGACAACAGAAAGUUUAUUUGCUGUUCUGGACGAGUUGUCCCACGUCGUUUUGGAAGGAAUACUUCUUGUUGCCGUUACACACCCUACAACCGACUAAAGCAGAUCUGCUGCUACCCAAUUGUCCUCCCAAGACGGUAUGGCGCUUACACUUCGUGCUGUGGACGCCAGACAUAUGACAACAGGAGGUACAUUUGCUGUUCUGGACGAGUUGUUUUACGUCGAUAUGGCAAGAAUACAUCUUGUUGCCGCUACACACCAUACAACCCACUAACCAAGAUCUGCUGCUACCCAAAUAUCCUCCCAAGACGAUAUGGCGUUUACACUUUGUGCUGUGGACGCCAGACAUAUGACAACAGGAGGUACAUUUGCUGUUCUGGACGAGUUGUUUUACGUCGAUAUGGCAAGAAUACAUCUUGUUGCCGCUACACACCAUACAACCCACUGACCAAGAUCUGCUGCUACCCAAAUAUCCUCCCAAGACGAUAUGGCGUUUACACUUCCUGCUGUGGACGCCAGACAUAUGACAACAGGAGGUACAUUUGCUGUUCUGGUCGAGUUGUUUUACGUCGAUAUGGCAAGAAUACAUCUUGUUGCCGCUACACACCAUACAACCCACUGACCAAGAUCUGCUGCUACCCAAAUAUCCUCCCGAGACGAUAUGGCGUUUACACUUCGUGCUGUGGACGCCAGACAUAUGACAACAGAAAGUACAUUUGCUGUUCUGGACGAGUUGUACCACGUCGGUUUGGUAGGAAUACAUCUUGUUGCCGCUACACACCAUACAACAGACUGGCCAAGAUCUGCUGCUUCCCAAAUAUCCUCCCAAGACGAUAUGGCGUUUACACUUCGUGCUGUGGACGCCAGACAUAUGACAACAGAAAGUACAUUUGCUGUUCUGGACGAGUUGUCCCACGUCGUUUUGGUAGGAAUACUUCAUGUUGCCGCUAUACACCGUACAAUCGACUGACCCAAACCUGCUGCUACCCAAAUAUUCUCCCAAGACGAUAUGGGGUCUACACUUCAUGCUGUGGACGCCAGACAUAUGACAACAGAAAGUACAUUUGCUGUUCUGGACGAGUUGUACCACGUCGGUUUGGUAGGAAUACAUCUUGUUGCCGCUACACACCAUACAACAGACUGGCCAAGAUCUGCUGCUUCCCAAAUAUCCUCCCAAGACGAUAUGGCGUUUACACUUCGUGCUGUGGACGCCAGACAUAUGACAACAGAAAGUACAUUUGCUGUUCUGGACGAGUUGUCCCACGUCGUUUUGGAAGGAAUACUUCAUGUUGCCGCUACACACCCUACAACCGACUGAAGCAGAUCUGCUGCUACCCAAAUAUCCUCCCAAGACGAUAUGGCGUUUACACUUCGUGCUGUGGACGCCAGACAUAUGACAACAGGAGGUACAUUUGCUGUUCUGGACGAGUUGUCCCACGUCGUUUUGGCAGGAAUACUUCUUGUUGCCGCUACACACCCUACAACCGACUGAAGCAGAUCUGCUGCUACCCAAAUAUCCUCCCAAGGCUAUAUGGGGUCCACACUUCGUGCUGUGUACGCAGGACAUAUGACAACAGAAAGUUUAUUUGCUGUUCUGGACGAGUUGUCCCACGUCGUUUUGGUAGGAAUACUUCAUGUUGCCGUUACACACCCUACAACCGACUGAAGCAGAUCUGCUGCUACCCAAAUAUCCUCCGAAGACGAUAUGGCGUUUACACCUCGUGCUGUGGACGCCAGACAUAUGACAACAGGAGGUACAUUUGCUGUUCUGGACGAGUUGUCCCACGUCGCUUUGGAAGGAAUACUUCAUGUUGCCGCUAUACACCGUACAAUCGACUGACCCAAACCUGCUGCUACCCAAAUAUUCUCCCAAGACGAUAUGGGGUCUACACUUCAUGCUGUGUACGCCAGACAUACGACAACAGAAAGUUUAUUUGCUGUUCUGGACGAGUUGUCCCACGUCGUUUUGGAAGGAAUACUUCUUGUUGCCGUUACACACCCUACAACCGACUAAAGCAGAUCUGCUGCUACCCAACUGUCCUCCCAAGACGGUAUGGCGUUUACACUUCGUGCUGUGGACGCCAGACAUAUGACAACAGGAGGUACAUUUGCUGUUCUGGACGAGUUGUUUUACGUCGAUAUGGCAAGAUUACAUCUUGUUGCCGCUACACACCAUACAACCCAUUGACCAAGAUCUGCUGCUACCCAAAUAUCCUCCCAAGACGAUAUGGCGUUUACACUUCCUGCUGUGGACGCCAGACAUAUGACAACAGAAAGUACAUUUGCUGUUCUGGUCGAAUUGUUUUACGUCGAUAUGGCAAGAAUACAUCUUGUUGCCGCUACACACCAUACAACCCACUGACCAAGAUCUGCUGCUACCCAAAUAUCCUCCCGAGACGAUAUGGCGUUUACACUUCGUGCUGUGGACGCCAGACAUAUGACAACAGAAAGUACAUUUGCUGUUCUGGACGAGUUGUACCACGUCGGUUUGGUAGGAAUACAUCUUGUUGCCGCUACACACCAUACAACAGACUGGCCAAGAUCUGCUGCUUCCCAAAUAUCCUCCCAAGACGAUAUGGCGUCUACACUUCGUGCUGUGGACGCCAGACAUAUGACAACAGAAAGUACAUUUGCUGUUCUGGACGAGUUGUCCCACGUCGUUUUGGUAGGAAUACUUCAUGUUGCCGCUACACACCCUACAACCGACUGAAGCAGAUCUGCUGCUACCCAAAUAUCCUCCCAAGACGAUAUGGCGUUUACACCUCGUGCUGUGGACGCCAGACAUAUGACAACAGGAGGUACAUUUGCUGUUCUGGACGAGUUGUCCCACGUCGCUUUGGAAGGAAUACUUCAUGUUGCCGCUAUACACCGUACAAUCGACUGACCCAAACCUGCUGCUACCCAAAUAUUCUCCCAAGACGAUAUGGGGUCUACACUUCAUGCUGUGUACGCCAGACAUACGACAACAGAAAGUUUAUUUGCUGUUCUGGACGAGUUGUCCCACGUCGUUUUGGAAGGAAUACUUCUUGUUGCCGUUACACACCCUACAACCGACUAAAGCAGAUCUGCUGCUACCCAAUUGUCCUCCCAAGACGGUAUGGCGUUUACACUUCGUGCUGUGGACGCCAGACAUAUGACAACAGGAGGUACAUUUGCUGUUCUGGACGAGUUGUUUUACGUCGAUAUGGCAAGAAUACAUCUUGUUGCCGCUACACACCAUACAACCCACUAACCAAGAUCUGCUGCUACCCAAAUAUCCUCCCAAGACGAUAUGGCGUUUACACUUUGUGCUGUGGACGCCAGACAUAUGACAACAGGAGGUACAUUUGCUGUUCUGGACGAGUUGUUUUACGUCGAUAUGGCAAGAAUACAUCUUGUUGCCGCUACACACCAUACAACCCACUGACCAAGAUCUGCUGCUACCCAAAUAUCCUCCCAAGACGAUAUGGCGUUUACACUUCCUGCUGUGGACGCCAGACAUAUGACAACAGGAGGUACAUUUGCUGUUCUGGUCGAGUUGUUUUACGUCGAUAUGGCAAGAAUACAUCUUGUUGCCGCUACACACCAUACAACCCACUGACCAAGAUCUGCUGCUACCCAAAUAUCCUCCCGAGACGAUAUGGCGUUUAUACUUCGUGCUGUGGACGCCAGACAUAUGACAACAGAAAGUACAUUUGCUGUUCUGGACGAGUUGUACCACGUCGGUUUGGUAGGAAUACAUCUUGUUGCCGCUACACACCAUACAACAGACUGGCCAAGAUCUGCUGCUUCCCAAAUAUCCUCCCAAGACGAUAUGGCGUUUACACUUCGUGCUGUGGACGCCAGACAUAUGACAACAGAAAGUACAUUUGCUGUUCUGGACGAGUUGUCCCACGUCGUUUUGGUAGGAAUACUUCAUGUUGCCGCUACACACCCUACAACCGACUGAAGCAGAUCUGCUGCUACCCAAAUAUCCUCCCAAGACGAUAUGGCGUUUACACUUCGUGCUGUGGACGCCAGACAUAUGACAACAGGAGGUACAUUUGCUGUUCUGGACGAGUUGUCCCACGUCGUUUUGGCAGGAAAACUUCUUGUUGCCGCUACACACCCUACAACCGACUGAAGCAGAUCUGCUGCUACCCAAAUAUCCUCCCAAGGCUAUAUGGGGUCCACACUUCGUGCUGUGUACGCAGGACAUAUGACAACAGAAAGUUUAUUUGCUGUUCUGGACGAGUUGUCCCACGUCGUUUUGGAAGGAAUACUUCUUGUUGCCGUUACACACCCUACAACCGACUGAAGCAGAUCUGCUGCUACCCAAAUAUCCUCCGAAGACGAUAUGGCGUUUACACCUCGUGCUGUGGACGCCAGACAUAUGACAACAGGAGGUACAUUUGCUGUUCUGGACGAGUUGUCCCACGUCGCUUUGGAAGGAAUACUUCAUGUUGCCGCUAUACACCGUACAAUCGACUGACCCAAACCUGCUGCUACCCAAAUAUCCUCCCAAGACGAUAUGGCGUUUACACUUUGUGCUGUGGACGCCAGACAUAUGACAACAGGAGGUACAUUUGCUGUUCUGGACGAGUUGUUUUACGUCGAUAUGGCAAGAAUACAUCUUGUUGCCGCUACACACCAUACAACCCAUUGACCAAGAUCUGCUGCUACCCAAAUAUCCUCCCAAGACGAUAUGGCGUUUACACUUCCUGCUGUGGACGCCAGACAUAUGACAACAGGAGGUACAUUUGCUGUUCUGGUCGAAUUGUUUUACGUCGAUAUGGCAAGAAUACAUCUUGUUGCCGCUACACACCAUACAACCCACUGACCAAGAUCUGCUGCUACCCAAAUAUCCUCCCGAGACGAUAUGGCGUUUACACUUCGUGCUGUGGACGCCAGACAUAUGACAACAGAAAGUACAUUUGCUGUUCUGGACGAGUUGUACCACGUCGGUUUGGUAGGAAUACAUCUUGUUGCCGCUACACACCAUACAACAGACUGGCCAAGAUCUGCUGCUUCCCAAAUAUCCUCCCAAGACGAUAUGGCGUUUACACUUCGUGCUGUGGACGCCAGACAUAUGACAACAGAAAGUACAUUUGCUGUUCUGGACGAGUUGUCCCACGUCGUUUUGGUAGGAAUACUUCAUGUUGCCGCUACACACCCUACAACCGACUGAAGCAGAUCUGCUGCUACCCAAAUAUCCUCCCAAGACGAUAUGGCGUUUACACUUCGUGCUGUGGACGCCAGACAUAUGACAACAGGAGGUACAUUUGCUGUUCUGGACGAGUUGUCCCACGUCGUUUUGGCAGGAAUACUUCUUGUUGCCGCUACACACCCUACAACCGACUGAAGCAGAUCUGCUGCUACCCAAAUAUCCUCCCAAGGCUAUAUGGGGUCCACACUUCGUGCUGUGUACGCAGGACAUAUGACAACAGAAAGUACAUUUGCUGUUCUGGACGAGUUGUCCCACGUCGUUUUGGUAGGAAUACUUCAUGUUGCCGCUACACACCCUACAACCGACUGAAGCAGAUCUGCUGCUACCCAAAUAUCCUCCCAAGACGAUAUGGCGUUUACACCUCGUGCUGUGGACGCCAGACAUAUGACAACAGGAGGUACAUUUGCUGUUCUGGACGAGUUGUCCCACGUCGCUUUGGAAGGAAUACUUCAUGUUGCCGCUAUACACCGUACAAUCGACUGACCCAAACCUGCUGCUACCCAAAUAUUCUCCCAAGACGAUAUGGGGUCUACACUUCAUGCUGUGUACGCCAGACAUACGACAACAGAAAGUUUAUUUGCUGUUCUGGACGAGUUGUCCCACGUCGUUUUGGAAGGAAUACUUCUUGUUGCCGUUACACACCCUACAACCGACUAAAGCAGAUCUGCUGCUACCCAACUGUCCUCCCAAGACGGUAUGGCGUUUACACUUCGUGCUGUGGACGCCAGACAUAUGACAACAGGAGGUACAUUUGCUGUUCUGGACGAGUUGUUUUACGUCGAUAUGGCAAGAAUACAUCUUGUUGCCGCUACACACCAUACAACCCACUAACCAAGAUCUGCUGCUACCCAAAUAUCCUCCCAAGACGAUAUGGCGUUUACACUUUGUGCUGUGGACGCCAGACAUAUGACAACAGGAGGUACAUUUGCUGUUCUGGACGAGUUGUUUUACGUCGAUAUGGCAAGAAUACAUCUUGUUGCCGCUACACACCAUACAACCCACUGACAAAGAUCUGCUGCUACCCAAAUAUCCUCCCAAGACGAUAUGGCGUUUACACUUCCUGCUGUGGACGCCAGACAUAUGACAACAGGAGGUACAUUUGCUGUUCUGGUCGAGUUGUUUUACGUCGAUAUGGCAAGAAUACAUCUUGUUGCCGCUACACACCAUACAACCCACUGACCAAGAUCUGCUGCUACCCAAAUAUCCUCUCGAGACGAUAUGGCGUUUACACUUCGUGCUGUGGACGCCAGACAUAUGACAACAGAAAGUACAUUUGCUGUUCUGGACGAGUUGUACCACGUCGGUUUGGUAGGAAUACAUCUUGUUGCCGCUACACACCAUACAACAGACUGGCCAAGAUCUGCUGCUUCCCAAAUAUCCUCCCAAGACGAUAUGGCGUUUACACUUCGUGCUGUGGACGCCAGACAUAUGACAACAGAAAGUACAUUUGCUGUUCUGGACGAGUUGUCCCACGUCGUUUUGGUAGGAAUACUUCAUGUUGCCGCUACACACCCUACAACCGACUGAAGCAGAUCUGCUGCUACCCAAAUAUCCUCCCAAGACGAUAUGGCGUUUACACUUCGUGCUGUGGACGCCAGACAUAUGACAACAGGAGGUACAUUUGCUGUUCUGGACGAGUUGUCCCACGUCGCUUUGGAAGGAAUACUUCAUGUUGCCGCUAUACACCGUACAAUCGACUGACCCAAACCUGCUGCUACCCAAAUAUUCUCCCAAGACGAUAUGGGGUCUACACUUCAUGCUGUGUACGCCAGACAUACGACAACAGAAAGUUUAUUUGCUGUUCUGGACGAGUUGUCUCACGUCGUUUUGGAAGGAAUACUUCUUGUUGCCGUUACACACCCUACAACCGACUGAAGCAGAUCUGCUGCUACCCAACUGUCCUCCCAAGACGAUAUGGGGUCCACACUUCCUGCUGUGUACGCAGGACAUAUGACAACAGAAGGUACAUUUGCUGUUCUGGACGAGUUGUACCACGUCGUUUUGGUAGGAAUACAUCUUGUUGCCGCUACACACCGUACAACCGACUGACCCAGAUCUGCUGCUACCCAAAUAUCCUUCCAAGGCUAUAUGGGGUCCACACUUCGUGCUGUGUACGCAGGACAUAUGACAACAGAAAGUACAUUUGCUGUUCUGGACGAGUUGUCCCACGUCGUUUUGGUAGGAAUACUUCAUGUUGCCGCUACACACCCUACAACCGACUGAAGCAGAUCUGCUGCUACCCAAAUAUCCUCCCAAGACGAUAUGGCGUUUACACCUCGUGCUGUGGACGCCAGACAUAUGACAACAGGAGGUACAUUUGCUGUUCUGGACGAGUUGUCCCACGUCGCUUUGGAAGGAAUACUUCAUGUUGCCGCUAUACACCGUACAAUCGACUGACCCAAACCUGCUGCUACCCAAAUAUUCUCCCAAGACGAUAUGGGGUCUACACUUCAUGCUGUGUACGCCAGACAUACGACAACAGAAAGUUUAUUUGCUGUUCUGGACGAGUUGUCCCACGUCGUUUUGGAAGGAAUACUUCUUGUUGCGGCUUCACACCCUACAACCGACUUACCCAGAUCUGCUGCUACCCAACUGUCCUCCCAAGACGAUAUGGGGUCCACACUUCCUGCUGUGUACGCAUGACAUAUGACAACAGAAAGUACAUUUGCUAUUCUGGACGAGUUAUCCCACGUCGUUUUUGAAGGAAUACUUCUUGUUGCCGCUACACACCGCACAACCGACUGACCCAGAUCUGCUGCUACCCAAAUGUCCUCCCAAGACGAUAUGGGGUCCACACUUCCUGCUCUGUACGCAGGAUAUAUGACAACAGAAAGUAAAUUUGCUGUUCUGGACGAGUUAUCCCACGUCGUUAUGGCAGGAAUACAUCUUGUUGCCGCUUCAAACCGUUUAUUUUGCUACCCGUUUGUUAGACCAAGACGAUUUGAUAGUUUUAAUUCAUGUUGCCGCUUUAUAUCAUAUAAUCGUUUAACUCAUUUUUGUGUUUCUUGGGGUGUUGCGCUUUGUUAAAAUGGGCUUUUGUGGCAUUGUGCUAGAGUCAUUCAUUCUGGGUACUAAUUGCUGUAUCGUGCCAUUGAUACUUGUGUGUAGAAUGUUUUGCUGUCGGUAUCGCUCUUGAAAGUGGUUUUUGAGUAUACUCUAGCAAGCCUCGGAAUUCUUUUCCAGCGAUUUACAUUCCCGACUCAUCUUUCUUUUCUAUGCCCGUGCAUCACAGACAUCCAGGUAUCAUUUUCUUCUGAAAUACUUUUAUAGCAUCUAUAUAACAAUUUACACAAAUUAUAUCUAAACGAAAUUGCAGCCGUUCUCGUGGGAUAUCCUAGAAUCUUGAACGCGAAUACUGUUUUGUGAGAAAAGAUUGCUUCGUACCCUUAAUCCUUUCCCCUACUGUAGCUGUUGGCUUUCGUUUAUCUGCUGUGCCCAUAUUCGUCUUGUGACAGGCCUGAUAAGUGUGCAUAUCCGCCGUGGUUACAUUUGUCUGCAGCAGGCCUGGCAAGGCUUUGCAUAACUGCUGUGUCUGCAGUCGUCUAUAGCUGGCUGGGCAAAGCUCUGUAUAUCUGUUAGUUUUGGCAAACUGUUUAUAUCCUUGAUCAGAUAGGACGUUUACCGCUUCCAUAGGACGCUGAUAUGGACUGCGAUGAGAUAAUUAGUUGUAAAGGGCCCAUGGACGUAUCUCUCAAAGGCCGGUGCUAUUGAAAUUAAAACGGUUAUAAUUCAGAGAAGGUUUGAGAUUUUCAAAUGAUACUUGAAAUGAAGGGUUUAAAAAUCACAUUUUUUGCAAUAAUCUUUUGUUUUCUUUUUAUUUAGAGAAAAACAAAGCUAAAUAUCCAGCAUGGUCUUAUUUUGCGAGGGAAUAACUGUCACAAGUUCACGAACAACUACAAUUUUACUUUGAAAUUCGACUUUUGUCACGCUUCUUGCACAUUGCAACCAAGUUGCAUAGCAAUAAGAUACGUCAUGGACCCUUAAUUACUUUGUAGUAAUAAGGAAAGCAGCGGGUAGAGGCUACAAUCUUUGCAGAUUAUAUCAGCAGAUGUUGGCCCUCUCCUGCACAGAUGUUACAGGGCCACUAGGUAUUAGUACAUGAACAUUUGUAGGGAGACAUUAUCAUCAAUUUAUGGACUUUAUUUUAUCCGAUUUUGUAGUUUAGAAGUUUAUUUUUAGUUUGCUUCGUCGAUUAAGUGUGUUUAGGAAUGUGAUUCGGAAACCCGUAGGCAACACCUACGUUAAAACGUGCAUCUAGGAGGCGCACAAAUCACAUCUCAAAGUUAUAUGGCUUAGAUAGUGUAAUCUACUUCCUAUGCGUCGGUACAAGCAAAGGGUUUCCCGGCAGCGCUUUUUAUCUACGAAAAUGCUCAGGAUUAGCCUACGCCUUUCUGCAAUUUUAGGCAUGUCCUUUUCUUGUUCCACCAAGUAAAAAUAGAGGCACUUUUGCAAGUAAUAAUCAGCUGCGAAGAGCAGUUGAAUAAGUGUUUGAAUCAGAAAGACCAGGAGAUCAAUGAAAGAAGACGAAAUAACUUGCUUCUAGCAAGCCAUAUUUUCGUUCCCGUUUUAUACUAUAUUGUUUUAAUAUACCGUUCUACUGGUUUUACACUAAAUUCUAGACCAUUCUACAUUACUUACUCAUUUGGCUAUAUAAUUGUAACUUUAAAUUAGUUCAUAUUAACUUGGCUUUUGCUACAAUAAAUGUGUGUUUUCGAUUA